CUCUCUCGCGAGAUUUGUGUUUGGAGCGAGAGCAACCGCAGCAGUAGCAGCUGAGAAUAGGAAAAAUGUGUGCAAAGAAUUAUUGUGUAGUUUUCGUUUUCGUGACCGCACCACCGUGUCAGCGCAGUAGUACCUCGACCACCAGAUCCCCCCCGUGGCCGUUGCCCCGACCGUGUGUUUUCAGGCGCCGUGUGUUCCGCGGUUAUCAGCGAUCGAGUUUUUUUUCUUCAUUUCUCGCUCUACGCAUCCCAACAGCAAAUAAUUGCUCUCUCCAGUGAGCGUGUGGGGCUGGUUGGAGCUGGUUUGGCCGCUGGUGGGGCUUCUGGAGCAUUCCUGGUGCUCUGUGUGCGUCUUUCUCGACCACUCUCGAUUAUUGCCACGAGCGCGCGUGUUAUUCCGGUUUUCUUGCCCCACAUCCCGUUCAUCGAAUCCCCCGUUAGUGCGUUUUGGCCUGGGUGGAUAGUGGGGAGGGCUGGGUGGUUGGCUGCCUCCCAAAAAAACCUUCCUCUAUUUGUCUCUCUGCCUCUCUUUCUCUCUCUCUCUCUCGUCGUUCCAUCAGCUGCGCCUGCUGCGACACACACUCUCGCGGUGGCGCCCAUCAUCAUCACGCGGAAUCAGAAACGGAGCGGAGCGUGUGUAGUAGACUCCGCGGUGUGCAAGCGCGUUAAGAAGAGUAGUAGUAGGCCACCACCAAAUCGCCGUGGUCGCCGUCGACACUCGUCGGACUGACCUUAGCUUAGUGUACGUGCGGUGUUUGUUUCCCGUUACGCGGCAGCGACACGGAUCUUCUCGCGGGCGCCAUUAUUUGUGUGCGUUGAGACGUUGUGCAAUCAUCGCCCAGCUCGGCGUGUGGUGACCAUCGAUAAACUCUCGUUUUUCUCGCGCCUCGCGGCCGUGCAGAAUGUGAUUCCGUAGUACAGUGCAGUGCAAGUCCCCGUCAUCCCGCUCUCCCUUCCGCGGUUUGAAGCAGGAAAGGCAGGAAGAAACGCAACGCAAUCUGGCGGUCAUCUGCCUUGCCGUGAAAAACGGAAUCGAUCAGUGUUUUAGUAGGCGCGCAAGGGGGUGAAAGCAAAAGUGAGAAAAACAUCGAUUCGAUGAGAAAAGUGUCAUCACAGUGAGCGAGCAAGCGAGCGUUGUGUGCGUACCACAGAGAGAGAGAGAGAGAGAGAGAGAGCGAAAGAGAGUGAGGCAAUUUAUGCUGAUAAAGGGAGCAUUUCGUGCGUGCAAAGUAAAAAAAAAUAACGUGAAAAGCACAAGAAAGUGUGUGCCGCGCGAGAGAAAGCAUAAUAGAGCGGUGUAGAAAGAUAGUAGUUGGUAGUAGUGGUGUAGUGUUGGGGAAUUUUCUUCCACACGGCGCACGCAACAACAAAACCCGAAAAGCCUGGUUGUUGUUUGUGGAAUGUGCAUUUGCCAGCUCGUGCGAAUGCCGUGUACGUGUGUCUGUGCUGUGUACGUGUGCCCGUUGAAAAUUUGGAUGCAAAGCUGAGCAACAACUAGGUGCAAAGUAGUGAAGUAGUGCGUUUUCCACAGUUACGUGCAGCAAUGUCGCCGUAUUUCGGUGCGUUCGGUUGAUAAAACAGUUUCCCAGGUGGUAAUAUACAGAAAGAGAGAGAGAGUGUGUGUGUGUGUGACUACCCCAUGUGCAUAAAAGGUCACAGGCGCUCGAAACGAGAACAACACAGCCAGCCACCGAAACCGAAAGUAGCUUGCUGCAUCCUGUGUUGUGGCGUGUAGAAGCAACCCAGUUGGAAACAACCCUCACACCCGAAGCUCACGACAACACCGUGCGAACCACGAUGGCGAACCCGCGAAAGUUCAGCGAGAAGAUUGCCCUUCACAAUCAAAAGCAGGCGGAGGAGACGGCCGAGUUCGAGCGGAUCAUGCGGGAGGUGUCCGAUGUGACGUCGAAGACGGAUGAUGGCACGAACAUGCCCGAGAUGAAAAUCUACCCACAACCGGAAACCGUUAAGAUCAAGAAGGAAAUCACACCAAAGGCUAGCACGCCGAGUCAUGCAAGAGAAUCGAGAGGACGAACUCCCGGUGGUCCCAUGAGAAAUCGACAAGCUAGCCGCAACCAUGACACGUCGCCCUACGGUAACAGCACGGUGCAUUUGAUACCGCCAAUGGAGAACAGCUGGCACCGUUCGAUCUCCGAUUCGGCUAUCCAUCAGAGUCUGUGUCAAAAUCAGCAGCAAGAUGUCAACCACCUGACAACGCACUCGCCGCUCACGCUGAGCCCAACCGUGCAGAGAAAGAUUUCAAAUGCUCAACAGAUGUCGAAAGUACACAAUCCCAUGACCAACCAUCACAAUCAUCUUCCUCAUCAUAAUCAUCACAACAAUCACCACGACAAUGGCGGUGGUUUGACGCAAGACAUUCGCUCACGCUCCUCUACGGCGUUGCCGCGAUUGCCGGGCAUCAAUAUCUAUCCCUCCCAGAACCAUCCGGAUAGUAUACAGAUUCCGAUACCGAGCAACACCGGUUCGUUGCCUGAUCUGACAUCCGUCGGUUAUCCCUCCAUGUACCCGGCUACGCUAGACCAAGAGUACGAUCCGAGUGGCCAGAACCAUAGUUACUGCCCGAGUCCUUUGGGAACAUCACCUUCGUCACUAUCACCGACCUCCGCAAUCCAGAACCAUCACCAUCAUCCGCACCCGCGAGCCAACAGUUUUAGCGGUGGUGUCGGGGUUGGUAGCAGCGGUGUUGGCGGCGGUAGCAGCAUGGGAAAUACGGUCCCCGCGACCGGUGGCUACCCCAUUCCAACUAGCCACUCAAACAGCGGCUCGGUCAGCCCAACGGGUAGCGGUAUCAGCUGUAGUCCGAGUGCCAGCAACUCUGUUAGUUUGGUUAACCAUAAUAACAACGGCAGUGUUACGGCUCUUAACAAUGGAAUUAAAAAUAAGAAAACGAAACCACAAACCAUCUCUAGUCAGCCUUUUUUAUCUGUACCAGAUAGUAAUAGAUAUUCGUUUAUGUCGAAGGUCAAUAAUACUUACGAUAACAGCCAACAGCAGCAGUCCCCCCAGCAGCACCAACAACAAUCCAGCCAAGCACAGUCACCUCAACAGGGACAACAGCAGCCACAGCAGCAACGAAUACCCCCACUAGACCAGAUUAAUUACGACAGCUUCACUCAGAUCAGUGAUGGCUUGGCCUCGCCGAAUCAUAAUUCUCCCGAAAGUAUACUGUACGGAUCUCAUGGAAAUGUGUCUCCGCAAAUCAUGUCGGAUUAUCGGAGUCGACCGAGCCCUGGUUCCAGUCCUGGGUUGGCAUUGGUUAAUAAUCCCGACUCAAACUCCAGUGCACCUUGUAGUCCUGUAUCACACAACAUUGGAAGUAACAAUGGACAAUCGUACGAUAAAUAUCCCACCAGUGACGGCUACGUACAGAACACCUUACCACAGUAUUUGGAACACAUUACAUUGUGCGAUUCAGAUUUUACGACUAACCAAAUGGUCUUCAGCGGGUUCGAUGAUUCCUACAUGACGAUGAACAACAGUAUGGGUAUGCGAACACACGUAGGAAAUCAAGGCAACGGACAGCUACAAAAUCAUCAGACAGUCACUCAACAGAACAACCAGUUGAACUCGGUGAACUGUCAGAACAUGCAGAAUAUGCAAAAUAAUAGCAUAAACAACAUGUUCAAUGGAACAACGGAGCCGUUGCUUAGCUUACCAAACACACAGUCGCUGAUAGAGCCCCAAACUCCAACGAUUCCGGAAAUUGUAUUUACAGAUUACUCAACUAGAGACGAUUUCGAGGCAGACCUAGGGCUUGGUCACAUGGACUUUCAAAGCAUUCAAAUGCUCUCCGAUACCAGCACUAUGAUCGAUCCGAUGGACGAGGACAGUUUCCGGCGGGACUUGCAGUGAACCGGACAACCACAAUCGCUCACAACUGGCAAGGUCGGCGAUCUGCAUCUCGGGCAUAAUAAUAUACUCUUAAAAGGAUGCAACUGCUGCUUACCUAGUGACUUGAAGUCAACAUUACGAGAUCCUCUCUUGCUAGACAGUGUUUGUGUGUGUAGAGCUGACCUGGUCGAGCAGACUUGGAAACAGCCGAUGGACACAUGCAAACGGAUAGGUGGAGGGAAUUAGAUUAAGGAUUGUAAUAUACAGUGUUACUCUGAGGCUGAAUGAGUUGUUUUAUGGGUAGAGGGAUGAAGAUAUAAGUAAACAAAUUUGUAUAGCUAAGAGCGUCAAGUGGUUGAUGUGAGCUAUUACUUUCUGCGGAAUGUUAUGCUACAAAAUUUAUCAGAAAGCGGUUCGUUAGUUAGUCCCUGUUUGGCUUGAGUUUUUGUUUAUGAAACUUGUGUGGAAGUGUGCGAAAAGGAUUAAGUACGUCAAACGAUUAUGGCCUUCUGUGAGUUGUAAACAUCUGUUUACGGUUAAUCUCUGGAACUGUGCAGUAAAGAUGUCAAAAAAGCACAAAGCUUGAGUUUGCAAAAGUAACGGAAAAACUUCGUCCCCAUCCGCCUAUAAGUUUAUAUGCAGACGACAAAUGUUGAUUCAAAGUAGCAGUUGGUUAUAUAAAAUGAAUUAGUUUGUUUUCUGAUAUGGUGGUCAUCCAUUGACAGGAUAAUUUGUUUUAAACAACCUCUACAUUGAUGGAAACCAGUGCAACAACAUCACAUUACUUGAAUGGCUUUAAAUGAGUGGAUAUGAUAAGGAAUAUCGUUAUAAGAAGGAUAAAUCACAAACAACGGAAAGCUCGAAAGCAUACUCUAAGUGGAAACAUUAAGAAAAGAUUCUAACCAGUCCUAGAAUAGAACUGCAGGAGAGAUCCGUAUAAUGCUCUUUUUUAAAUGCCGCUCUAGCAAAUAGGCAACCUAACGACAUUGUGCUAUUGAUCGAUAAAGUAAAAGUAAAAGUAAAAGUAAUGUACCAAUCCUAGGCUAAUGGUAUGAAGUAAGUUUAGUUAGUUUACGAAAGAAGUAACGUGACAAAAAUAUAUGAAAAAACAGAAAAAUACGAUUUUGAAAGUACGAAUGCGAGGCGCAGGUAGAGCGAAGUGUAGCAAUGGUGUGUUCAGGGACGGGCAGAAUUACUUAAUUACGUUUCUUUUCUACAUCACCGAACGCAAUGACCAUUUAACAGUGCAUAAUGUGGUCUUAUUUGUUUUUUUUUU